AUGGAGGAGGACGAGCCGGAGCUGGCGGCCGGGCUGGAGGCGGCGUUGGAGCUGGCGCCCGCCGUGCAGGCCGCCAUCGAGCAGGUAUUUCCCAGCCAAGAUCCACUGGACAGAGCAGAUUUCAAUGCUGUGGAGUAUAUUAAUACUCUCUUUCCCACUGAGCAAUCUUUGGCAAACAUCGAUGAAGUUGUGAACAAAAUCAGAUUGAAAAUAAGGAGAUUGGAUGACAACAUUCGAACUGUAGUGAGAGGACAGACCAACGUGGGACAGGAUGGCAGGCAGGCCCUGGAAGAAGCCCAGAAAGCCAUUCAACAGCUCUUUGGUAAAAUUAAGGAUAUUAAAGACAAGGCUGAAAAAUCUGAACAAAUGGUUAAAGAAAUCACACGGGAUAUCAAGCAGCUAGAUCAUGCCAAGCGUCAUCUGACCACCUCCAUCACCACCCUCAAUCACCUGCACAUGCUGGCGGGGGGUGUGGAUUCACUGGAGGCUAUGACCAGGAGGAGACAGUAUGGGGAAGUUGCCAACCUUCUCCAAGGUGUCGUGAAUGUGUUAGAGCAUUUCAACAAAUACAUGGGGAUUCCUCAGAUUCGACAGCUUUCUGAAAGGGUGAAGGCGGCGCAGAAUGAGUUGGGACAGCAGAUCCUGGCUGACUUCGAGGAAGCCUUUCCUUCUCAAGGUACAAAGAGGCCUGGUGGACCCAGCAAUGUCCUACGUGAUGCGUGUCUAGUCGCCAAUGUCCUGGAUCCCAGAAUCAAACAGGAAAUCAUCAAGAAAUUUAUUAAACAACACCUCUCAGAGUAUCUGGUCCUUUUCCAGGAAAACCAAGAUGUGGCCUGGCUGGAUAAGAUCGACAGGCGCUAUGCCUGGAUAAAGCGUCAGCUGGUGGACUACGAGGAGAAGUAUGGGCGCAUGUUUCCUCAGGAGUGGUGCAUGACGGAGCGCAUCGCUGUGGAGUUCUGCCACGUCACGAGGACAGAGCUCUCCAAGAUAAUGCGCACAAGAGCAAAGGAGAUUGAGGUGAAAUUGCUUUUGUUUGCAAUUCAGAGGACAACCAACUUUGAAGGACUUCUGGCUAAACGCUUCUCAGGUUGCACUCUAGCUGAUGGGACAGUGAAGAAGCCAGAAGUGCCACCUCCCUCCACCAACCCGUUUCUGGAGGAUGAAACUGGGACAGAGACAGAUGAGAUUGUGAUCGAGAAAAGUGAUACGGACAAACCAAAGAAGCCAAAGGUCCCUGACAAUCCUUUUCAUGGUAUUGUUUCCAAGUGCUUUGAGCCUCACCUUUAUGUGUAUAUUGAGUCCCAGGACAAAAAUCUUGGCGAACUGAUUGACAGGUUUGUGGCUGACUUCAAGGCUCAAGGUCCUCCCAAGCCCAACGUGGACGAAGGAGGAGCUGUCCUGCCCAGCUGUGCCGACCUCUUUGUGUACUACAAGAAGUGCAUGGUGCAGUGCUCCCAGCUCAGCACAGGCGAGCCAAUGAUAGCCCUGACCACCAUAUUCCAGAAGUACCUUCGGGAAUACGCCUGGAAAAUUCUGUCUGGAAACCUGCCCAAGACAACUAGCAGCAGUGGUGGGCUCACCAUCACUAGUUUGCUGAAAGAAAAGGAAGGCUCUGAAGUGGCUAAGUUUACUUUAGAAGAACUUUGCCUCAUUUGCAGCAUCCUUAGUACUGCAGAGUAUUGCUUGGCAACCACCCAGCAGUUGGAAGAGAAACUCAAAGAAAAAGUGGAUGCAAGUCUAGUGGAGAGAAUCAACCUGACAGGAGAGAUGGACACUUUCAGCAUUGUGAUCUCCAACAGCAUACAGCUGUUAGUGCAGGACCUGGAUGCAGCCUGUGACCCUGCCCUGACUGCUAUGAGCAAGAUGCAGUGGCAGAACGUGGAACAUGUUGGUGACCAGAGUCCUUAUGUCACCUCAGUGAUUCUGCAUAUUAAACAGAACGUACCCAUCAUCCGUGACAACCUGGCCUCUACAAGAAAGUAUUUCACUCAGUUCUGUAUAAAAUUUGCAAACUCCUUCAUUCCCAAGUUCAUUAACCAUCUCUUCAAGUGCAAACCUAUUAGCAUGGUGGGCGCAGAACAGCUGCUGCUGGAUACUCACUCCCUGAAGAUGGUUCUCCUGGAUCUGCCCUCCAUUGGGUCCCAAGUGGUGCGGAAGGCUCCUGCCAGCUACACAAAGAUAGUGGUGAAAGGCAUGACUCGGGCUGAAAUGAUCCUGAAGGUGGUUAUGGCUCCACACGAGCCCCCGGUUGUGUUUGUUGACAAUUACAUCAAACUUCUUGCUGAUUGCAGCACCGACACUUUCCAGAAGAUACUAGACAUGAAGGGACUGAAGAGGAGUGAGCAAAGCAGCAUGCUGGACCUCUUCCGCCAGCGCCUCCCGGCUCCCCCCUCCGGAGUGGAGAACGCCGGCUCCCUCUCGCUGAGCGCUCCUACACCCGAGCAGGAGUCCUCUCGGAUACGGAAACUGGAGAAACUCAUCAAAAAAAGACUCUAAGUGAGCAGAUGGAAACUCUGUUGCUCAGGACUAGCUGCAGUGACUGGGAGCAAAGCUCGUCAGACUUAUGAUUUACAGUAUGCUGCUGAAAAAUCCAUGUCCCAUCACUCCCGUGCCCUGUGAUCUCUUAACCAUCGUAUAGCGUGGCGCUGCAUCUCCAUUCAGACCAAGGGAGGAUCUGACAAAGGUGUUUGUCCUGAGACAGCUUAGCAGGAGUGAAACCCAGGACAUGCCUGGGUCCUUGUGGUGGAGAAAAGACAGGUAUCUGGAAGUCAGCAGCUACAAAAAUGGUUUAGGUGGAUUCAGAGACUAUCUGGCUGGGAUACACUUGGUGUCCCAGCCCUCAGCCUGGCUGAGCUCUCCGGCUGCAGCACUAAGGAUUUUGCCUGAGAGUUCGGUGUUACUGCUCACUCCCUGUUGCAGAACUGUUCCUCUGUUUCUUUAUUUAUUGAGGGGGGGACCCAACCCCAAACCACCACCACCAAAAAAACCCCAAAUGCUUUAACAGCUGGGAUCCAGGCAUCUGCAGCUCCACUGAAUUAAUGAGAUGCCCAGGAGAGAACCCCAAAGUCGAUUUCUCCCCUGCUCCCGGGACAGGCAUGCAUAAACCACCAGUAAAACAGCAAGGCAAAUCAUUUUCCGAACAGGAGGAAAGGGCUGAAUUAAUGCCUUCUGCACCUUGGCAAACCUCCUGCCAACAAGCCGGCAGCCUUGGUCGCUGUUACAGCUUAAAGACCAAACUAGUCAUCUGCAGAGCCCAUCUCCAGCUGCUUGUUAUUUCUCUCGCGUGUGCUGGACUCGCCCGCUGUCCCCAGUGGGAGUUCCCGUACUGCAUCUCGCCCUCUCUCCACAAAGGGCCGUUCAUGGAGCAAGUGUCAAACAGCACCGGCCCCUCGUUCUUGCGCCAGCCAGCGUGUCCCGAGCAGGGGUGUGCCUCUUUGGCACCUUCGCUGCCUUGCAAGGAGAGCGGUUGGAAAUGUUCGCUUUAACGGGGAGCCUGGGCCU